AUGCCCGGCCGUCUACUGUCGAGCCUGGUCCGCUCGUCCUCACCACAUGCCAUCACUUCAGCCUCGCGCUCUUCAUCGACUACGUCCGUGAAUGACGAACAAUCCUCUUCCAACACGUCCUCAAAGAGAAAUUCCUGGACUUUCCCCGAAGGUCAUGACAUCAACACCAUCGAGAACCGCAUUUCAGCCGCCAUGGAACACAUUAUUCAUCCUCACAAAGAAAAGCGCAUAAGCCUGGGAAGAUCAUCGCGUUCAAAGGAGCGCGGCAAGGGUACCAAGGAACUUCCACGUGCUGCUGCCGGCCCAAAACUCGACGUGGUGAUCGAAUCUCCGCCACUUGUCUUCUACGGCACCCCGGCCAACUCGACUGGGGCUUUAUUUUCCGGACGUAUGCGUGUCACGGUCUCUGAGCAAAUGGGGUCUGCAACAUUGAAAGCGUUCAAAGUCGAUCUUACAAAGACCUUCACAACCAAGAAACCCAUCUCCAGGGAUUGCCCCGGCUGCGCUUCUCGUACAGAAAUACUGAAGAAGUGGGACUUUUUGACGGAACCCGUGACGUUGAAAAAGGGAGACCAUGACUUCCCCUUCAGCUACUUGUUCCCAGGCGACCUACCUGCCAGCGCUCAAGGAAACCUCGGCGUCAUCGAAUACUGGAUCACUGCUCGUGCCGUUACCACCACCGGAGCCGAGAUUGUCAAGAAGGUUCCCCUCACCGUUCACCGUGCCAUUUUACCCGGAAACGACCGCGCCUCUGUUCGUAUCUUUCCUCCCACCAAUCUGACCGGUCGAGUUAUCUUGCCUUCUGUCGUGCACCCAAUCGGUGCAUUCCCCGUCCAGAUGAGCCUCAGCGGUGUCGUGGAGAAAGGAGAAGAAACUCAGACCCGGUGGAGACUCCGAAAGAUGAUGUGGCGUAUUGAAGAACAUCAGAAGGUGGUUUCCAGUUCUUGCGCAAAACAUGCUCAUAAGAUUGGCGGUGAAGGAAAAGGCGUUCUGCAUCAGGAGACUCGGAUCAUCGGUCACAACGAGGAAAAGACUGGCUGGAAGACAGAUUUCGACACUGCCGGUGGUGAGAUCAACAUGGAAUUCUUGGCCAACAUCAAGCCCGGAAGCAAGCCCGUCUGCGAUCUCGACGUCAAGGGCCACAUGGAAGUCAAGCACAACCUCGUCAUUGAACUCAUUGUCGCCGAAGAGUUUUGCCCGAACAGAAACCCCAAGCUUAUUACUCCUACCGGCGCUGCUCGCGUCCUACGCAUGCAAUUCAAUUUGCUGGUUACUGACCGCAGCGGUCUGGGAAUCAGCUGGGACGAGGAAAUGCCUCCCGUCUACAACGACGUUCCUGCCAGUCCUCCCGGAUACUCUACCGUUAACGGCAGCUGUGAAAUGGAAGACUAUAUCGGCUCCCCACUACCCGAACUACCUGAUUAUGAAGAUCUUGAACGACUAGAUCGGUCUGACCGUUCGUCUGUCUCUGGACUAUCGCGUGAGAUGUCUCGAUUGACCGCAGACGAUUUAAUUGCCGAGCCUGAAGUAGCAGCACCUCGCAGCCACGCCGAGGCAGAGACGCCAGACGCCGUCGAAGCGGGAAACAUCGAAGCAAGCCAAACUGCUUGA